AACAUAAGGUUUUGUUACUGAGGAAAGGAAACCUUGCUUGCUAUAAAAAUCAGCCCAUUUCAGAGCAGACGCAGGACAGAGGAGCAGUGGCAGCUGGACGUGUGGUGGCUGUUUUGCAGUCAGCAGCUGUGAACAUAAAGUUUUGUUUCCGAGGAAAGGAAACCUUUCUUGCUAUAAAAAUCAGCCCAUUUCAGAGCAGAAACAGGGCAGAUAAAGACAUGGACCCCGUGACAGCUGUGUGCAGUGCUGCAGGAGCAGUAGGUGCCGUAGUCGCUGCUCCUGCUCUUCUGGGAGCUGCUGGUUUCACCUCAGCAGGAAUAGCUGCAGGCUCCUACGCUGCAAGCAUGAUGUCGUCUGCUGCAGUUGCUAACGGAGGAGGAGUGGCAGCUGGAAGUGUGGUGGCUGCUUUGCAGUCAGCAGCUGUGAACAUAAAGUUUUGUUUCCGAGGAAAGGAAACCUUUCUUGCUAUAAAAAUCAUCCCAUUUCAGAGCAGAAACAGGGCAGAUAAAGACAUGGACCCCGUGACAGCUGUGUGCAGUGCUGCAGGAGCAGUAGGUGCCGUAGUCGCUGCUCCUGCUCUUCUGGGAGCUGCUGGUUUCACCUCAGCAGGAAUAGCUGCAGGCUCCUACGCUGCAAGCAUGAUGUCUGCAGCUGCUGUGGCCAAUGGAGGAGGAGUGGCAGCAGGAAGUGCAGUGGCUGUUUUGCAGUCAGCAGCUGUGAACAUAAAGUUUUGUUUCCGAGGAAAGGAAACCUUUCUUGCUAUAAAAAUCAGCCCAUUUCAGAGCAGAAACAGGGCAGAUAAAGACAUGGACCCCGUGACAGCUGUGUGCAGUGCUGCAGGAGCAGUAGGUGCCGUAGUCGCUGCUCCUGCUCUUCUGGGAGCUGCUGGUUUCACCUCAGCAGGAAUAGCUGCAGGCUCCUACGCUGCAAGCAUGAUGUCGUCUGCUGCAGUUGCUAACGGAGGAGGAGUGGCAGCUGGAAGUGUGGUGGCUGCUUUGCAGUCAGCAGGUGCAGCUGGUCUGUCAGCUACUGCUGGUGCUGCUGUGGCUGGUGCUGGAGCAGCAGUGGGAUGGCUGGCGAGUUUCAUCAGCUGAAAAUCAUGAAGAACUCAUAUAUUUGCUUUACCCAUCUUUUUAUGCCUAAAGACGAAUAAAAAUACUUAAGAAAAAAA